GCUGCUGGGAGCUGUAGUUCUCCCCCCCCGCGCGAGCUGCUCCGGAGGGGACGCGGCGCAGGGGCUGCUGGGAGCUGUAGUUCUCCCUCCUCGCGAGCGGCUCCGGCGGGACUCGGCGCAGGGACUGCCGGGAGCUGUAGUCCCGGAGAGAACUACAGCCCCCAGCAUGCCUCCCGCGCCUCAGGCCCGCCGGCUGGGGGUGCUGCGGUGGCGGCGGCGCUUGGAGCGGCAUAUUAUGGAACCGAGCCCGGCAGGAGGAGGCGGAGGUCCAGGGGAACCAGCACAUGCCGUGGCACUGCUACGGGGUCUGAGUGCGCUGCGCUCUGAGCGGAGCCUGCUUGAUGUGACAGUGGUGGCCGGGGGCUGUGAGUUUGGGGCGCACCGAGCUGUCCUAGCCGCAGCUUCUGGCUACUUCCGUGCCAUGUUCGGUGGGUCACUGCGGGAGUCCCGGGCCGAGCGGGUGCGGCUACAUGGGGUGGACCCUGAGUGCCUGGCGCUGCUGCUUGACUUUGCCUAUACUGGUCGGGUGGGGCAGCUGGGCCCCGACAUCGCAGAGCGGCUGCUGCGUGCUGCCGACCUACUGCAGUUCCCAGCUGUGAAGGAGGCAUGCGGCGCUUGGCUGGCCCGGCAGCUGGAGCCGGCCAACGCGCUGGACAUGCAGGACUUCGCGGAGGCCUUUGCUUGCCCAGCCCUUGCAGCUGCUGCACACCGCUUUGUGCUGCGCCAUGUGGGUGAGCUGAGCACGCAGUUGGAGCGGUUGCCACUGGCGCGGCUCAUCUCCUACUUGCGGGACGAUGAGCUGUGUGUGCCCAAGGAGGAGGCUGCCUUCCAGCUGGCUCUGCGUUGGGUGCGCGCCGACCUAGCUGCCCGUGCCCCGCUGCUGCCGCAGCUCCUGGCCCACGUUCGCUUGCCCUUUGUGCGCCGUUUCUAUCUGCUGGCGCAUGUGGAGGGCGAGCCCCUGGUGGCGCGCUGCCAGCCCUGCCUGCGCCUCCUGCGGGAGGCCCGCGACUUCCAGGCUGCCCGCUAUGACCGGCACGACCAGGGGCCAUGUGCUCGCAUGCGGCCACGACCCUCCACCGGCCUGGCAGAGAUCCUUGUGCUCAUUGGUGGCUGCGACCGUGAUUGUGAUGAGCUGGUUACCGUUGAUUGUUACAACCCACGCACGGGGCACUGGCGCUACCUGGCCGAGUUUCCUGAGCACUUGGGCGGUGGCUACAGCAUAGCGGCGCUGGGCAACGACAUCUACGUGACAGGAGGAUCAGAUGGGUCAAGGCUCUAUGACUGUGUCUGGAGAUACAAUUCUAGUGUGAAUGAGUGGACAGAAGUGUCUCCAAUGUUGAAAGCAAGAGAAUACCACAGCUCUACAGUCUUGGAUGGACUGUUGUAUAUCAUAGCCUCAGACAGCACAGAACGUUACGACCACUCCAUAGAUGCCUGGGAGGCUUUGCAGCCUAUGUUGUACCCAAUGGACAACUGUUCCACCACAUCUUGUCGUGGCAAACUCUUUGCUAUUGGCUCUUUAGCAGGCAAAGAAUCCAUGGUUAUACAAUGUUAUGACCCUGAAACUGACCUCUGGUCCCUAGUGAACUGUGGACAGCUGCCUCCGUGGUCUUUUGCACCAAAAACUGUGACUCUUAAUGGACUUAUAUACUUCAUAAGAGAUGACUCCGCUGAAGUGGAUGUUUACAAUCCAAUGAAGAAUGAAUGGGACAAAAUCCCUCCUAUGCUCCAGGUUCAUGUUGGAGGGAGCUUGGCUGUGCUUGGUGGGAAGCUCUAUGUCUCUGGUGGCUACGAUAACACAUUUGAACUUUCAGACGUGCUGGAAGCUUAUGAUCCAGAAACUCGAACAUGGAGCAUAGUGGGACGGCUGCCUGAACCCACCUUCUGGCAUGGAAGUGUCAGCAUAUUCCGACAGUUUAUGCCACAAACUACACAAGAAGACGACAGUAUCGCUCUGGAUAAUGCCAUUAACCUAAAUAGGCAGCGCCAGAAUCUUCAUAAUCAGAAUCUUAAUGACUCCUGUGCUGUUCCCAAGCUACUGUUAAACAAGAUACAGGGCUCAUUUUGGUGAAGCUUGCCUAUUACCUUGGACAGAUGCAGUGAAUUGAUGCAAUUUCUUCACUUCUGGCUGUUGAAUACUAUGCCAACAAGCAAUUUGUGUCCCCACAAAAGUUAAACUGAAACCUCAAGUCAGUCUCUCUUCCACUGAGCUUGUGCAAUUAUUGUAAUGGGAGUGGUAAACACAACCAUAUUGUGCUCAACAGGGUGCCAGUUAUUUAAGACAUGUAUUCAAGUCCAUCUUAAGAUGUGGAGCACUGCUGUCUACAUGUUGUAAUUUAGUAUAACAAUUUGCAUAGUAGAAUGGUCAAGUAUUUAUGCUGAACUAUUAAAGUAUAUUUAUGUAGAACAUUCUCCUCCUGUAGUGCUUGCUGCUGGGCCUAUGUCAUCUUGAAGUUCCAAAACCAGCUGAAUAACUUUAGGUUUGUAUUUAUAACUUUUUUGUAGACUUUCAUUGUGUCUAAACCUUUAAAUACUGUUUAAAUACCAUCCUUUGAAGCAAAGGCAUUUUACAUUUUGACAGAUUUUGGAAUUUUAUUCUCAUACUUCUGUUUUUAAAAACUUACUUGAAAUGAUCAAGCUAAAUAAAACAUGUUAAAUGUAAAUGUUUUGGUCAGCUUUCAGUGACUGCAGGGAGGCUUCUAGCUCUGAGAGUUAAUUUGCCUGUGGUGGCUCUCUAUCUGAUGCAUGUUUGUCAAAUUAAAUAGUCACUUUCCAAAGAGAAAACAUUGAAGGGUAGUCUUACUUCACCCAUAGAGGAAGUAUGAUCUAAGAGUUCUCGUCCAAGCUAUUUGUUAGUUACUAUUAAGUACACUUACAACAAAUCCCAUUUUUGCCCCACUACCAUUUUUAGAAUGUUUCUGGCCUUCCUAUCACAAACGAACUAUGCUAAAAUGUCUUCCGCAUGGCUAUCAUAGUCUGAGGCUGUGGCUACACUUGCACUUCAAAGCGCUGCCGCGGCAGCGCUUUGAAGCGCUAAGUGUAGUCAGAGCGCCAGCGCUGGGA